AUGGCAGUGGGAGCUUUGCAGGGCUCUGAUCCUCCAGGUGCCGAUGCUCAGAACGAGCUGCAGCAGCCCCAGCGGGAGGUGACAGUAUCCGUGGGGCAGACGCUCACCCUGAACUGCACCGUGUCUGGAGCCACUGUAGUAGGACCUGUGAAGUGGCUGAAGGCUGAGGACAAGGUGAAUCGGACCGUUUAUGAAGAUAAAGGCUCCUUCUCCCGCGUAACGAGGGUGGUGAAUCCGUCCAACACGGAUUACAGCAUCCGCAUCAGCAACGUUCAAAUCGAGGAUGCUGGGACCUAUUACUGUGUGAAGUUUCAGAAAGGAGAGCAGGAUAAGGUGUAUAUGUCGGGACAGGGCACGAACGUGCUUGUGCAUGAUCAGCACCUCUCGUCCCUCCUCGGCCUCCUGAUCGGGCUCCUGCUGGAGAAGGGGGUCAUCGGCCUCGUCCUCUUCUACCUCUUCAAGCGCAGGAUGGUGUGA